AUGAGCUGCGGGUCGAGCAGCGCCCCUCUGUGGAGGAGAGCCGCUGCAGGCCAACACCUGUGUUACACCUGCAGCAGGAAACAGGAAGUGGGCGGGAACGAGCCGCUGCUGAGGCCGAGGAGGAGGGCUGUUCCGUCGGUCCGAAAAGGAACUCGAUGUUCAGACUGUGAGACAGAAACCACGACUCUGUGGAGGAGAAACGCCGCGGGACAGCCGGUCUGCAACGCCUGCGGCCUCUACUACAGACUGCACCAGGUCAGUCGGCCGCUCGACUUGAAGAAGGAAAGACUCCAAACCAGAAACCGUAAAGUGACUAACAAGAAGGGGACGAAGAGGAGGAGUGGCCAAUCAGAGAGUCCAGCCUAG